GUCACUCAUCUCAUACAAUAUCGCAACGCUUAUACACAACAACAUGACUGGAAAUCUAUUUCCGAGUCGACUCCGCGAUAGCCAUCAAAACCGUCGACUCAACACCAAUUUCAGACGGAAUGGAAAAUUGCAGUCUUGUGAGCCCUGUCGCAAGGGCAAGCUGAGAUGCGAUCACAUGAUGCCCACGUGUGGACGAUGUCAACGUCGUAAUCGUGCGGAUCAGUGUGUGUACCAUCCGGCGCCUUUGACUAAAGCUGGCCAGUUGCCUACACCGCAGGCUUCGGAUUCUUCUAGUCCGGUUGUGGAGAACCGAUCGGUAAAUACCGAUACUACAUCCGCUUCAACUCCUACAUUCAGUCGUGUUGAACUACACGCAGUGCAACAAACAAGAUCCUCCCGAGCUAGUAGUCUUCCCGCACAACCAUGGUCUUCGAUCCAAUACGGUCAACAGACAGUUGAAGAAUUGAGAAAACCGGUACCACGCGCGCACAUUCAAGCAUUAGGCUACCACCCCUCGGGAACAUCUAUGCACCAUGCGUCCAUCUUAGCUGAAAAUGAGUUGAGUGUGGGUAUUGCGCCUUCAAAUGGUGAAAUUGCCCAUUCGAUGGUAUCACAGGCAGACAUAGAACGAGGGGCUGCGUGCUUGACGCUUUUGAGAAACUUCCCGCUAUGCCUCCGAUAUAUUGAUAAGUGGUUUUCUUUCGCAAAGGGACUCAUAGUAAUCGAGCCCAUGACUAAGAUCUUCACCGCCGGAAUCAGUCAAACGUGGGGGAAGUGGCUGAAUUCCUCUGAAGCGCACGCCACAUCUGAUCUCACAUACAUGUCCAAAAGGAUCUGGGAUAAUACUCUCAAGCCUAUGACGAGUUCCUUAAGGCAAGACACCACCGCUACGGAGUUCUGUCUUGCAGCCACGGGCGAGAAUCUGAGGUGGGAGGUUGUUGGCCUUUUGGUGACUUUGAUGGCAUUAGUUUGCGCUAGUCUCACAGACGGGGAUCCCAUAUUCUGCUCUCACGAUGAUGUGCCCAUAGAUCGUGAAGCAACCCUCAUUCGAGCACAAAACGCGUCCCAAAUGUGUCUGGACUUUUGCGAUGAUUUUGGAAUUCUCAGUGAUUUGUAUCUGUGGCUGCUAUAUGAGAAUACAAGCAUAUAUUGUGCAUUGCGUACGAAAGGGAGUUAUCAGAAUUGGAAAAAGACUGGCACGCUAAUUACUGCUCUUGUCUUCUGCAAUUUGCACGAGGAAAUCAAGGUGGAUGAGAAGACACCCCUCUUUAUUAGCGAGUUGCGUAAACGAUUGUUUGCAGCGGUGUAUCAAUCCGACAAGUAUUCUGCCAUCUAUAGCGGACGACCUCCCAGACUGACCAGGAAGUUCUGCCGUCUCCAAGUACCUUUAGAUAUCAGUGACGCGCAGCUGAUGUCUGUUGGGUCGGAUCACGAGAAAAUAGUUCGAGGGAUCGACGAGAACGGGUGGAACACACGAGGCGCCAUCAAUCUGUCCACAUUCCAGCGCCUCUUCGUUUCCGAUGCGCUGCUGGCGGAAGAAAUUGUCGAGAUAUCAAUGGAUAUUGAAAUGCAGCCAGAUGAAAUCGAUCGGCGGGCCGCAGACAUCAAAGCCAGAGCGAUUGCGCGCUUCGAAAACCUACCCGAUUUCCUUAAACUAAAAGACGAUCGACCCUUCCAGGAUGCACGACGAUCUCCCAUCGAGCUGAUGUUCCUUGCAUACAUACGAAUGGAUGCACACUAUCAUCAAUAUCUGCUGCAGCGCAUCCUCAUUAAAAAGCUGGGCGCAGACGCUUCCAAGCUCAUUGAGAUUGCGAUACCAAUGUUCAAAUUCGUCCUGCAGCUAGUCAACAACAAACACAUCUUCCGCGACUUCCAGAUCGAUUUCGCGUCACUACUCAACCAAAAUGGCGUACCCUCGGCUGCUGUGAUUGCUCUUGAGCUACUACAUCAGGAACAGAACUAUCGUGCUACUAGAGCUCCUGCGUCUAUGCUCCCACGAUCGCAGACCAUUCAAGAUCUUUCCGUUUUUGUUGCCUGCUUAGAAACCAUCCCACAGAACAGCUGUGCGUACAUCAGCUGCGAGCGCGGCCUAAGGUUCUUGAAGAAGAUCUUGGAUACCGUCUUAAAUCCAAUACAUAUCAACAAUGCGGAUCUCAACAUGGAUACCACACUCGGUGAAUUCAGCUUCAAUUUCAAUGAUCCAUUGUGCUGGCUUGAUACAGUAGAGUGGGAGCAGGAUAUGUGGCCGAACUUCAAUUGAUGGGGGCUUCGGAGGCUACGCUGAUUACAGUGUUGUUAUUUUGGGAGUUGCAUCGGGUUUCAAAAUGACCCAGUUGCUGACUUUCUUUGGAAACGAGCGAUUAUACCCAUCUCCAUACAUGUAACGAUUUUAGCAAACCAUCUCGACACUAUGGAAUGACAGGGUGCACCAAGGGUGAUUUUAAUGCGAAUGAAAUACUGGCAGGGCCUCAUGAUAGUUGGAAUGAAAAUGACAAACAAGAAAGCUGGCAUGUACAAUUGCAUCAAAAAUUGUCGCCUCCAUCCCCAAAAAGUCUCCCCUCACCCGAUCAAUGAAUGAACUCCGGCCCAUAAAUUCCCAUCUCCCAAACACCAGAACAGUAAACGCAGAAAGCGCCCUGGCCCCUCUCAUUGUUUCUCUAAAACUGUUUCAGCAACCCAUGAAACGAACAUAUUCCACCGCAGCUUCAAUGCGACACCUUCGAAUAGCCUCUCACACCGUCCUCCCUCUUCCCUCAUCCCCAACAGCCUCAUGAUAACUCGGCGGCGCAACAUCAUCCCCCGCCAACACAUCAUCUCUUUCCCCCUCCCGACUCACGCUCCUGCUCCUGCUCCUGCUCCUGCUCCUGCUCCUGCUCCUGCUCCUCUCCACAACAUCGCCCCUCCUCCUCCUUCCCAAUAACUUCUCCUUCUUCUGCCCCGGUAAAGCAGAUGUAGUCGAAUACCCCCGAUCGUUCCAUCCGUGAAGAGCGGCUUUCUUAGCUUUCUUCUCUUCGCGGUGUUCUUUGAUCUUCAUGGCACCUAUGCCGAUGCCCAUGAU